AAACGAUCCGCGGCUCUUCAAGGACGACGUGGACAUUCGCUUCUCGCGGACGCUGAACAGCUGCAAGCUGCCGCAGAUUCGGUACGCCUCGCCGGAGCGCCUCUUCGAGCGCCUCACCGACCUGCGCUUCCUCAGCAUCGACUUCCUCAACACCUUCCUCCUCACCUACCGCGUCUUCACCGACAGCAUCACGGUGAUUGAGGCGCUCAAACGAGUGCACUACAACCCGGAGAUGCAGCUGAAUGCGAUGAGCAGCAGCUCGCUGCACGACAGCUCCGGCUCGCUGGACGGCGAGACCGGCCUGCCCAAAGGUCAGGCGGCGAAUCAAGGAGGAGCUGCUGGAGUUGAAGAGGAGCAGGCUCGUGAGCGCUACCUGAAGCGGAUGAACAAUCGCCAGCAGUACGGCAGCAUCUCCUCGACGAGUUCCUCGGUGAUGGGAGGAGGAGGUUCGGUUGUUGGAGGUGUCGGUGGUGGUGGUGGUGGUGGUCCACCGAAUCAGCUAUCACAGGCUCAGCAGCAGCAGCAGCAGCAACAACAGGAGGGCAACAUCUUCAUUCUGCCGGCGGGGGAGCCGAUGCUGGCGCCCGCCAUCACCGACCCGAUUGCCGUGCCGGUGCCGCCGCCGCCCAGCCCCGAGGUGCCCGGCUACUACCAGAAGGAGAUGGCCAAGCGGGAGAAGGAGAAGCAGUUUCCUGUUAACUUUAUCCUUUCAACCACCACCACCACCACACAGCAGGCAGCCAUCGGCAACGACUCCUGCAGUGGCAGCGGCAGCGGCAGCGGCAGCGACAACAGCCACGACGGCUCGCCCACCAGCACCAACUCGGCGGAGGAGACUACGCAGCUGCACUACCAGCAGCUGCAACAGCAGCAGCAGCAGCAGUUUGGCGCCAUCCAGGCGUCCAGUCCUCAGCGAGGUGCCAGCAACAGCAAUGCCCAACAGACAGGAGGUGGAGGUGGUGGUGGUGGCAAACAGCAGUCGAAGAGCAAUGAACUGCUGCUGCUGUCUGCUACCGCCAAUGCAACUGCAGUUGUAGGAUCCAGGGGCGGGGCAAGCUCCUCUCCGGCCAGUGUCUCCUCGGCGGCCGCCGCCCUCCAGGUGCCCGCCCACUCGCAGUCGAUGGACACGCUGACCGACGGCCACGGCUGCUCCAGCCUGAGCUCGGCCACCAGCUCGGCGACGCUGGUCGGCAGCGACUCAAAGUCGGGCUCGCCGCGGCCGUCGCCGGUGCGCAAGUCACCGCCCAAUGGCAGCGACUUUCCCACUGCUGGGGGUCACUCUCCUUUUGCACAGACAAUGGCACAGCAGCAGCAGCAACAGCAGAUGGGUAAUAGCAGAGCUGCUGCUGAUGAAGCAGAUAUGGAGGACGAUGGAAUGGAAGGAGAGGAGCAGGAAGAUGAGGAGGAGGAGGAGUACGUGGAGGGCCGCUACAAGAGCACCAAUCCCUUUGCCACGCCCAUUCGCCGAAAGUCCACUUCACAGCAGCAGCAGCAGCCUAUUCAGAGUCAGCUGAGCGAGGGCACGCCGCCGCCGACGCCCCCUCUGCCGGGCACGCCUCCUUCUCGAAAGCAUUCGACUAUUUCCACUGGAACCGGUCAUUCAGCCACUUCGCAGGCGACGCCGCCGCCCAUCUCCAGCGUGGGCUCCUGCUUUGUGCUGCCCUCCAAGGCGCAUCAGCAGCAGCAGCAGCCUUCGGCUCCGGCGGUUAAAAGUGGCGGCGCCAGUGCUGACGCCCGUUCGAGCAGUCUCACCGGGAGCGGUGGCGGCCACCACCCGACCGCCCCCUCUGGUCGACUGUCUGCCACCAGCACGACGCUGACGAUGAACUACCUGCGAGUGCGAGGGGCGGGCUCGAAACGAGGCUCAGGAAGCAGCGAGACGGAGAGUGCUGCUGCUGGGGGCGGAGCCGGAGGCGGCAGUGGAAGCACCUCGGUGACGCCUCGCUCCUCUUUCCAGACGGACACGACGGGCAUCAGCACGCCGCGAAGCAGCUUCCAGCACCCGGACUCGCCGCAGAUGUCCAGCAAGGCGGGCGUGGUGGUGACCAGCUCGAGGGCCACCUCGAGGCGGUCCAGCACUGCUUCGGCCGCUUCUGCUUUUGCCGUGGCGACCGCCGCUUCGAGCAAUCCACCGGAGCCCACCGAUCCGCUGAUGCGCAUGCAGAUGAUGAACAUGCGCGAGUCGAUGAUCAGCACGGCGGCGACGAUGCGCGUCCUCAACGUCCUCCGCCACUGGGUGAGCAAGCACAGCCAGGACUUUGAAAACGACGAGAGGCUGCUGAAGGUGACCACCGACUUUCUGGAGGAGCUAGUGCACAACACCAACCUCCUGCCGGCGGAGCACAAGGCGGCGGUGCAGCUGCAGCAGAUGAUCGCCAAGCAGACGCUGGAUGCGAAGGAGAAGGUCGACCUGGACGUGCUGCUGGCGCCGCCGAUCACCCCCAGUCGGGACAACAUUGAGACGCUGUCGGCGCUGGAGAUUGCCGAGUGCAUGACCUUCAUCGACCACAACAUCUUCGUGCGCAUUCAGAGUGAGGAGUUUCUCGGCCAGGCGUGGAUGAAGGACGAGAAGACGGUGAACGCCUUUCACAUUCUGCUGAUGACGAAGCACUUCAACGACGUCAGUCGGAUGGUCGCCUCGGAGAUUCUCCGCCUGCCGGAGAUUCCCAAGCGCGUCUCGGUGAUUGAGAAGUGGGCCGCCGUGGCGGACAUCUGCCGCUGUCUGCACAACUUCAACGGCGUCCUCCAGAUCUGCGCCGCCUUCACCAACUCCUCCGUCUUUCGGCUGAAGCGCACCUGGGAGAAGCUGAACAAGACGACGAAGCAGACGAUCGACAAGCUGCAGAAUCUGGUGAGCACCGACGGGCGCUUCCGGAACAUGCGCGAGGCGCUGCACCGCUGCGACCCGCCCUGCAUUCCCUACCUGGGCAUGUACCUCACCGAUCUGAGCUUCAUCGAGGAGGGCACGCCCAACUUCACCGACGACGGCCUGCUGAACUUCUCCAAAAUGAGAAUGAUUGCGCACGUCAUUCGCGAGAUUCGCCACUUCCAGCAGACGCCCUACAAGAUUGAGCACAAUCCCCGGGUGACCAACUACCUGCUGGACACGUCGCGCCACCUGGGCGACGAGGUCCUCUACCAGAUGAGCCUCUGUCUGGAGCCGCGGCUGUCGCGGCUGGGCUCACGGGCCACCACCGUGGUCAAUGCGACGUCGCCCAGCUCGGCGGGCACCACCUUCGCCACGGCGACCACCACCUCGCAGUCGCACCAGUAG